GAGACUGACCCACGGCUUCUCCUUCCUUCGCGCAGCUCCCCCCCUCGCCGCCGGCGCCGCCAUGCUCCGGCGCCAAGGCCGCCUCCUCAUCCAGACGCUCUCCACUCCCUCCGCCACCACCGCCUCCCCUAUCCACCGCCUCAUAUCCUCCGCCGCCCGACCACAGGUACACGCUCGGAGCUGCAUCCUCUCCUCUCCCCGCCGCCUCCUCUCGUCGGCCACAGCCCCCGGCAUCUCCCCGACCACCGGGUUCGCCGUGGAGGACUACCUCGUCUCCACCUGCGGCCUCACCCGAGCGCAGGCACUCAAGGCCUCCCCCAAGCUGUCCCACCUCAGGUCCGCCGCCAACCCCGACGCCGUGCUCGCCUUCCUCGCCGGCCGCGGCCUCUCCGGCGCCGACGUCGCGGCCCUCGUCGCCAAGGACCCCAAGUUCCUCUGCACCAGAGUCGACAAGGGCCUGUCCCCCAUCGUCGCGGGGCUCUCCGGCCUCGGCCUGUCAGAUCCCGACAUGGCGCGCCUCCUCUCGCUCGCCCCAGACAGAUUCCGCUGCAGAUCCAUCGUCCCCAAUAUACACUACUGCCUGUGCAUCUUCGGCGUCUCCUUGGAGAAGCUGCUCCGGGCCAUCAACUUCAACACCAACCUCCUCUGCUGCAAUAGGAGGGUGGAGCUCAACGUCGCCUUCCUGCGCGAAUGCGGGCUGGGUGAUCCCGACAUUGCCAAGCUGUGCAGCUCGCUACCGAGGAUGGUCACCACCAACCUGGAGCGCGUCCAGACAAUGGUGGCGUUGACCGAAGGCCUCGGUGUGCCCCGGGGAUCUGGAAUGUUCAGGCAUGCUCUCAGUGCUGUCGCAUUCCUCGAUGAGAAGAAGAUCGCAGCCAAAGUGGGUCACCUUAAGAAGACGUUCGGGUGGUCGGAUGCCGAGGUGAGCAUUGCUCUCCCUAAGGCCCCGUUUUUGCUCGCCAAGUCGAAACAAUCGCUGCAGCACAGGUCCGAGUUCCUCAUCUCUGAAGUGGGGUUGGAACCGGCGUACAUUGCUCGUCAGCCGGUAAUGCUCUCUUACAGCCUAGAGGGCCGGAUGAGACCUCGGUACUACGUUGUAAAGUUUCUCAAGGAAAAUGGAUUGCUCAAGCACGACCCCAGCUACUGUACUGUUUUCAAGGGGACCGAGAGGUAUUUCGUGGAGAAGUUCAUAUGCUCUAACAAGGAUGCUGCACCAUAUCUCGGUGAAGACUAUGAAGCCGCUUGCGGAGGGGAAGUGCCUGCUAGAUUCAGAUUUACAUGAACCAAGAAUUCUGAGUUCUAUAUGUAGAAUCCCGAUCACUAUGUAGUUCUCUUCUGAUAUCUGAAGCCAACUAUGUUUUUGUCAUUAUUUGGUAUGGAGAAGAACAUCCAUGUUUUAUAUAGAUCUAUGUGGCUUUCUAAAAUCUACCCUUUGAUGGUGUAUUCAUUUCUCCUUUCUGCCAUGCUAAUCAUAAGAUUACUUUAUAUGUUGAGCUUUUACUUCAUGAUCGUCACGGGAGGUUCACUGCUUCAUAAAUAUAUUUUAUUGCCGUUUUGUGAAUUUCAGCUCAUGUCAUGGUUAUCUUGACUUUCAGGAUUGUUGGUUGCAGCAUCAGAGAAAGGUAGGUCACAAGUUGUAGGUGCAUGCCAACUUCAAAGGUUAGAGACCCCAGAUCUGGGAGAGGCAGUGCUGAUUGAGGGGGGCAGCUGCAAGACAUGACGACCCAACGACCUGGAACAUCGACGCUUAAGCUUUGGUAUGAGAUAUAUGGGAUUUUGUCAAGCCGGUCUUCCAAAACUGAAAGGAAUUUUCUGUCUAUGAAGCAGGUGACUUGGGAUGAUUAUCGGAUGUCAUUCAAUUACUUUUAGAUGACGCCCAUCAUCUUUUUGUGCAGUUCAUGUUGGCAACCUUGCUAUUGUGCUUGCCGGUUGAUGAUAGUGUCCGUGCAAUGAUAUAAGCUUGCUAAACGAAACCCAUGAGGUGGGAGCAUGGAGUGUACAGCCUUGCUUGUUUCUGUGACGGCCGUGGGUAUCAGACCCCCUGGGAGUGGAUGCAGGACACUGGAUUCGUCGUCAGAAGCAGUUGGAGUGGUCUACUUUAGCUCAGGAGGCAUUUGAGGCUUUGAAGCUAGCGACGAGCUCUACUCCUGUUCUCGUAUUGCCAGACCCGGCCGGCCCCCUGGGCUCACGAACCGUGUCUAAUACCCCCCAUGGGUCCCGGUUCUUGAAGAACCGGGACUAAUGGGCUGGCCAGGCCCGAACGUUAGCCAUGUUUUCUACGAGUGUGUACUGUACAUCUCCAGUCCAGAUAAAUAAGCUUGCCUUCCUUUUCUCCAAUAAAUUUCGCAACUAUGGAGAAUUAAUAGUAGCACCAGUCAGGGAUCUUUCCAUGCUUUGUUGUUGGACUUUCUUAAUCACCGAGAGACAAUCAGAAGCCACCUCAAGCCUUUGGACCCCUGUGUUUUCAGCAAGAAUGAAUGCUUGGCAUAUAGCAUAGGCUUCAGCAACCUCAGGACAAUAUACAUGAUUAAGAAAGCCACGGCAAGCAGCUCGCACCAGUCCCUUAUAAUCACACAUUACCAAUCCGAACCCAGCGCGUCCAGAUUUUGAGAAAAUUGCAGCAUCCACAUUGAUCAUGAGCAGGCCUUCCGGCGGCGGAGACCAUUUCUGAAUUGAUGUCGAUGUCUCACGCCUGUUGGAACCAUUGCGACAUGAGUUCCUGUUCUCCCAUAUAUGAAGCCCCCGCAAAAAUCAUGGAGUGGAACUCAGAGGCUUCAGAAAUCCUGUCCAUUAACCAUUGCCUUGUGUGUGUUGUGGCUAAGUGUGGAAGCGGUUAGGAUAAUUUUGGGUCUAGACCAUUUCUGAACCCGGCUGUAUAGGGCAUGGCAACCGAUUUCUAACGUCCAAAAACAAUUCGAUCUGA